AGAUAGCAAGGUUAAGGGCAGAGCAAUGAGGCCAUUUGAGAAUCAUAUAGACCCUGAGAAACAUGAGCAACUGAGACGUGCCAAAAUAGAUGCUGAGAAUAAAGUGAAGAGGAUUUUGAAGCUGGCAAAGGGCAUAAAUAGCAACAAAGAAGGGAACCUGAAGAAGGAAAUAAUUCAUCUAGUUGAAGAAUUCCACCAGCAUUAUGAAUCACUCUACUCUCUCUAUGAUGACCUUCGAGCCGAGGCCAAGAGCAACGUCCGUGGCAGCAGAGACGACAGCUCUUCUUCUCCUCCUUCAGAUUCAGAGGUAUUCUAUUCUCCCUUGGAAGUGAUCCAUAAAAACACCAGUGGAAUCGUGCACACGGAUGAUGAGACAUCGGAUGUGGAAGACACGAUCCUCAAGGAUAAACUGACCUCGUCUAGUGAAAUAAAAGAGAUGAGCAACUUCUUCAAGGAUUUGAGGGUUCCAGACGAGGAGCCGAGACAUAGCAAGGGAUCAGAGGGCGACGUUGCGCGUCUCAAGUUUGAGAUUGCAAAUCUGUCCUCACAGAGUAAGCAAUGGCAAGAGGAGUCAAGCGAGGCUAUGCAGCUGAAACGGAGAAUCUCAAGACUUAAGGGCCAAGUCUCUCAGCUCGAAUCCAUGUGCAAAGACAAGGAAUGCCUGCAGCAUGAGAAGGAUGAGCUGGAGGAAAGGCUCAUGAGUGAAACCAAAGAGAGGUCUAUUGAAGUGGAGGGCCUAAUCGAGCAAGUCGACUGCCUGCAUCAGGAGCUGGUGUCUGUCACCACUCGGAAUGUUGAAUUGGAGCUGGAACUCUGUGGGAACAAAUACGUGAACCGGUCAUUGAGCAGGAGCGGGGAGCGGGAGCAGAUAGCCAAAUCGAAGCAAGAAUCCAAUCAAUCUGGGGUUGAAACGCAUGAGCUGCUGAGGAAGAUAUCUCAGCUGCAGACGUCUCUUUUGCUUAACGAGAGGAAGCUAACAGCGCAGGAGAAGAAGUUGAAGCAGAGCGAAGACACUUCGUCUGCUCUGAUCAAAUCCUUGAACCAAAAGGUGAAGACUCAGCAGAGCAAGAUGGAGGCCUUACUCAAGGAGAAAGUAGGCUUGCAGAUGGAAUUGGCGAUGCUGAAAAAGGACAAACAGCGAGUUAUGAUGGAUCUCGAGAAAGAGAAGCAAGAGGCUUUGCUCAUCAAAUCAAAGAUGGACAGAAAGAACACUGAGCUGACUAAAAAGAUUUCUGAUCAGCAGAAGACACUGCUGGAGUUGGGGGAUGUCGUGACCAAGACGCGAUCAGGGUACAUGAAAUCACACCCCAACUACCAAAUGAUGGAGCACAAGAUAGAAGAGAUGGCAGAGGAUUUCAGGAGGCAGUUUGAUGAUAAGUACCGAGCCAUGAGCCGUAGGAUAAGGGCUGCAGAGAAGCAGCAUGUCGAGAACAAAGAGUGGUACCUGAAGACGAAUGAGGAGUUCAAGCAAGAAAACAAGGCUAAACAAGGGAACAUAGAAACGGGACUGAGAAACGUGAAGGACGUUGCGCUGACAGCAAGUGAUGUGCUCGUUGCACUGGACACUGUAGUGGUCAAGUUUGAGGAAUGCAACGAUAACAUGCUGACGAAGAUAUCUAAGACGUCGUGUGAGGUGAACUGCGCGAAGGAAUGGGUGAGGAGGAAGAACAAGGCGCUAGUGCAGGUGAAGCAUGACCUAGACGAAUUGCUGUUCCAGCUGGACGACAAGGAGGGGGAGAUAUCGGUGUUCAGGGACCGGGUUUGGAAGCUGGAAAACAAGAUGAGGCAAUUGGAGAAAUGGAUCAGAGAGAAAGAUGAGGGGAUGAUAGAGCUUAGAGAGGAGAAGAGAGAGGCAAUAAGGCAGCUGUGUGUUUGGAUUGAUUAUCACCGUUGUAGAACGGAUUAUUACAAGAAAAUGGUGAAAAGGAUGCCGGAGAUGAAUCAACAACAUCGUAGGAUGGUGUCUUGACAACGUUGUCUACACACACUUUCAGCCAUUUCUGCU